AUGACCUGGAUCAUCCAGUGUGUAGAUGGCCAGAUUGUUCGACUCACGUUCUCUAGCUUUGAAACUGAGAGAGAUCAAGACUAUUUGUUAGCUGGUGAUGGCAACGAUAUUACCACAGGCCAAUUUUUCGUUUGGCACGGAAGUAAAUCCCCACCUAAUCUGAUCUCCUCUGGAAGUGAAAUGUGGAUAAGAUUCACGUCAGACUUUGAGGAGACUUCCAGCGGGUUUUUGCUGUUGGCUAUAUGUCUUCCAUCUACAGAAAUUCUGACUUGUGGAGAGAAUGAGUUUAAUUGUGGACACUCUGUUUGCCUUGUGGAUAUGUGGCAGUGUGAUGGUUUGACGGACUGCUUGGAUGGGAGUGAUGAAGAAAACUGCGACAGUGAAGCACCAACCGUUACCUGCCCCAACACAGUGAUGAUUGGUACCGACACUGGCAGAUCAUUUGCUACCGUGACGUGGACACCUAUACCAACAGCUACUGAUAACACAGACAUACUAACCUCGAGCGACAUUAGCUGUCUAGACAGUAGAGGCAAUGUUGUGGUGUCUGGUGGAACAAAUGAAUUAGGUACAACGACAGUUACAUGCCACGCAACUGAUGCAGCUACAAAUACAGGUUCUUGCGAGUUCAGCAUCACAGUUGUCGGAAAGUUUGAUAUCUGA